AAGUGACUAUAACUGGUUUAUAGUUAUAGUCACUUUGGUUGGACCGAAUUCGCUGUUUAGGAGCUUAUUCUCUCAACUUCACAAAUCAUUGGAACGGGCGCAUCACUUACUACGGUACCGUAGUCAUCGAAAUAAUGCUCUGCUACAAUACUGACAAAAAAUAAUGUAUUGACAUUCAGAUAAAAGAAGGUUUCAAUAAAGUUCAUAAAAUAAUGCCAUCAACUGGAAAACAAGAGCAGAUACGAAUAAAACUGAUAUUUGAAAAUGCUCCCCCAGAAAUGCCAUCCUCGUCAAAGUAUAUGAUUUUGGUGAAGCCUGCAAUUUGUGGAACUGUUCAUGAUUUGGAGAACUUAAUCAUUCGGAAGUUUGGAUUUCCUAAAGGUGUAACGGUAUCAUUAACUUUGGAUGGUUUUGUUCUUUUGUCUACUGAAGAAAUCUUUAUCCUUGAUGAUAAUGAUUGCGUCUCUGUCUCAAUACUUUAUGACAUUCAAAAGAAACAGACAAAGAAAAGAAAACUUUGUUCAAAUGAGGAAGAAACUAAAUCAAAAACUGUGAAGACACAUGAAAAGAGGAAGAAAAAAAUCACCAAAAUUGCUAAAUUUAAAAAAGCAUCAGGAAAAAUCAAGCCCACAAAACGUAAAGCUGAUACAUCUGACACAAGUUCAACAGAUAACGGUAAUUGUAAAAUAAAUGGAAUAAAAUUGACAAAUGGGUGCUCAAACAAUGAGCCAUCCCAAAAUUCAAUUAAAACAAAAAGUAAGAUAUUGGAAAAUCAAAACAAGAUUACAAAUCAAAAUAUUCUUAAGCUUCAAAUGGGUGAAGGUGGUGUAAAAUUUCCAACGAAUACUUUAUUGUGUAAACAUAGUUCAACCAAUGAAAAUAUACAUCUAGCAAAGGUAUCAAAGAGUUUUUCACAAAUCACGCCAAACUCUAAUAAACAACACAUGAACAAUAUUUCAGAUAACAGCAUUGCUAAGAUAAAUAAUGAUAUUCUGCCAAUUCCAUCUCAUAGUAAAGUUGCUGAGUUUAAGGCAACAGGUCAUGUAACAUUUUCAAGCAGUUCCGAUUCAGAAAUGGAAACAGAUACACACAAACAGCAUUCACAACAAGCUAACAAUUCUUUGAAGGUCUGGUUAAAAUCAGGGACUACACCAAUACACAGAGAAGUGGCAAUAUCGAAAACUGGUUCGAAAAAACUUACAGAUCCAGGAGUCUCUACAAAUACUUCUGUGAUAUACAAUAAUCCUUCUCAAACAAAUUCUAAAGACUCCAACAAAUCUGAUAAGAACGAAUAUGAAAAACACUCAAGAGACUAUUCUACACUUUUGCCAUCGACAUGGCCACCACGCAUUGGCGAUAUAAUUGCAUAUAAAUUAUUAGAAAUGUCUGAAAACUAUACUCCAGUUAUAUCAGAAUACAAAGAAGCAAAAGUGAUGGAAAUUUAUACUUCUGGUAAAUCACCAAUAGGGGUUGACUCUGUAAAACUGGAAAUUUUAUGGCCAAAACAUUUGCGCGAUAAAAAGAAAACUGGAAGAUUCGAAAUGGAUUUGAGUGAUGAUGAACCUGAUGAUAUGACCAAUGAACAAUUAUUAGAAUGGCAAGUGAUGUUAGAACCACGCAGGAUUGAUUGAAAGUCAUAAAUAUCUAUUCUAAAAUCUUAUGGCGACUUUCUGUACUUUCAAAAACUUUUGUCUUUAGUAGUCAUGUUUCAUGUGCAUGCUUAGUCAACUUUGAUAUGAAUAAUCAAUUAAACAUUACUAUCAAAGUAUUCUUGCCUAUUUUAUGUCGAUUCUUUUUCAAAUGAAUCAUUAAAAUUCAGUUGUGUUGUCUUUCUUAAACUAUAAGACUUUAUAGAUGAUUUGUUCAUUUUUAAAGAUCAUACCAUUCAGAUAAUACAAACACAAAACUCUUUUAAGUUUAUAAUUAGAUCAUCGCCUAUAAUACUGUUAACAAAUCAUACUCCAUGGGUAAAGUA